CAAUGGGACAUUGUGUGACCGAAGCAGUGUUUGCCGGGUUUAUUUCGGCACUUCUCCACCCGGCUGUUCUUUUGGAUCUUACUGCAAUGGCGGAACAGCAGCAGUUUUACCUCUUGCUGGGCAACUUGAUGAGCCCUGACAACAAUGUCAGGAAACAGUCAGAGGAGACCUAUGACACUAUCCCAGGCCAGAACAAGAUCACAUUCUUGCUACAUGCUGUCAGAGAUUCAUCUGCUGCAGAGGAGGUCAAACAGAUGGCAGCAGUGCUGCUGCGGCGGCUACUGUCGUCCUCGUUCGAGGAGAUCUACCCGGGCCUGACCCUGGAGAUGCAGACAGCCAUCAAGACAGAGCUGCUGACCAGCAUCUCGCAAGAAACUUUGCCAAACAUCCGCAAGAAAGUGUGCGAUAUUGCUGCUGAGCUGUCCCGCAAUCUCAUCGAUGAUGAAGGGAAUAACCAGUGGCCAGAGGUACUCAAGUUUCUAUUUGACUCUGUCAACUCCGACAGUGUUGGCCUGCGAGAAGCUGCCCUGCACAUAUUCUGGAACUUUCCAGGAAUCUUUGGUAACCAGCAGCAGCAUUAUAUGGAAGUAAUCAAACGCAUGCUGGUUCAGUGCAUGCAGGACCAGGCAAACCCGCAGAUUCGCACCCUGGCAGCUCGGGCUGCAACCUCCUUUGUUCUGUCCAAUGAAAGCAACAUAGCACUACUGAAACACUUUGCUGACCUGCUGCCGGGAAUCCUGCAGGCAGUGAACGAGUCCUGUUACCAGGGUGAUGACUCCGUGCUCAAGUCUUUAGUGGAAAUUGCAGACACAGCCCCCAAGUACCUAAGACCCAACCUGGAGGCAACUCUGCAGCUCUGUCUGAAGCUGUGUGCAGACUCCAACCUGACUAAUAUGCAGAGGCAGUUGGCGUUGGAGGUCAUUGUCACAUUAUCUGAGACGGCAGCAGCCAUGCUGAGAAGACACACAGCCAUUGUGGCUCAGAGUGUGCCCCAGAUGCUGGCUAUGAUGGUGGAUCUUGAGGAUGACGAUGAGUGGGCCAUGGCUGAUGAGUUGGAGGACGAUGACUUUGACAGUAAUGCUGUGGCUGGGGAGAGUGCUCUGGACAGAAUCGCAUGUGGUCUGGGAGGAAAGAUCAUUUUACCAAUGAUCAAACAGCACAUCAUGCAGAUGCUGCAGAACCCUGACUGGAAGUACCGCCACGCUGGGCUGAUGGCACUGUCGGCCAUCGGUGAAGGCUGCCACCAGCAGAUGGAGGCAAUCCUCCAAGAGAUUGUCAGCUUUGUCCUCCUCUUCUGUGCUGACCCACACCCAAGGGUGCGCUAUGCUGCCUGCAAUGCUAUUGGACAAAUGGCCACAGACUUUGCCCCAACCUUCCAAAAGAAAUUCCAUGAUAAGGUGAUUUCAGCCCUGCUUCAGACCAUGGAGGACCAGAGUAACCCUCGGGUGCAGGCACACGCUGCUGCUGCCCUCAUCAACUUUACUGAGGACUGCCCCAAAUCACUGCUCAUCCCUUAUCUGGACAGCUUGGUGCAACACCUUCAUGUCAUCAUGGUGGCCAAGCUGCAAGAGCUGAUCCAGAAGGGCACCAAACUGGUCCUGGAGCAGGUAGUGACAUCUAUUGCCUCAGUGGCAGACACAGCUGAGGAGAAGUUUGUGCCAUACUAUGACCUGUUCAUGCCCUCGCUAAAACACAUCGUAGAAAACGCAGUGCAGAAGGAGCUCCGGCUGCUCCGUGGCAAGACCAUAGAGUGCAUCAGCCUCAUUGGCCUGGCUGUCGGCAAGGAGAAGUUCAUUCCAGAUGCCUCAGCCGUCAUGCAGCUGCUCCUCAAAACGCAAACGGACUUCAAUGACCUGGAGGAUGACGAUCCUCAGAUCUCGUACAUGAUCUCAGCCUGGGCCAGGAUGUGUAAGAUCCUGGGGAAAGAUUUUCAGCAGUGCCUGCCUUCCCUGCCUGUGGUGAUGGGCCCCCUGAUGAAGACAGCCUCCAUCAAGCCUGAGGUGGCCCUCCUUGACACCCAGGACAUGGAGAAUAUAUCAGAGGAUGAUGGCUGGGAGUUUGUCAACCUGGGAGACCAGCAGAGUUUUGGCAUCAAGACGGCCGGCCUGGAGGAGAAGGCCACUGCCUGUCAGAUGCUGGUGUGUUAUGCCAAAGAGCUGAAAGAGGGUUUUGUGGAGUACACAGAGCAGGUGGUGAAGCUGAUGGUUCCGCUACUCAAGUUCUACUUCCAUGAUGGUGUGCGGGUGGCAGCUGCUGAAUCCAUGCCCCUGCUGCUGGAGUGUGCCCGAGUUCGAGGGCCAGAGUACCUUACCCAGAUGUGGCACUUCAUGUGUGACGCCCUCAUCAAGGCCAUUGGCACUGAGCCAGAUUCUGACGUCCUGUCAGAGAUCAUGCACUCUUUUGCCAAGUGUAUUGAGUUGAUGGGAGACGGCUGUCUGAACAAUGAGCAUUUUGAGGAGCUGGGCGGCAUCCUGAAAGGAAAACUUGAGGAGCAUUUUAAGAACCAGGAGCUCAGACAAGCCAAGAGACAGGAUGAAGACUAUGAUGAGCAGGUAGAGGAAACAUUACAAGAUGAGGACGAGAAUGAUGUGUACAUCCUGACCAAAGUGUCAGAUAUCCUCCACUCAGUUUUCAGUAGUUACAAAGAGAAGGUGCUGCCUUGGUUUGAACAGCUGUUGCAGCUCAUCGUCCAGCUUGUAUGUCCCAACAGGCCGUGGGCAGACAGACAGUGGGGUCUGUGCAUGUUUGAUGAUGUGGUGGAGCACUGCAGCCCCUCCUCCUUCAAAUAUGCCGAGUAUUUCCUGCGGCCAAUGUUGCAGUCACUGUGUGACUCGAGUCCUGAGGUUCGGCAGGCUGCUGCCUACGGUGUCGGCGUCAUGGCUCAGUAUGGAGGAGAGAACUACCGUCCAUUCUGCACAGAGGCUAUCCCCGCGCUGGUCAGAGUCAUCCAGACAGCUGACUCGCGCUCCAAGGAGAACGUCAACGCCACAGAGAACUGCAUCUCUGCUGUUGGAAAAGUCAUGAGGUUUCGGCCAGAGUGCGCCAAUGUCAGUGAGAUCCUUCCCCACUGGCUCAGCUGGCUGCCGCUCAGCGAAGACAAAGAGGAGGCUGUCCACACAUUUGACUUUCUCUGUGAUCUCAUUGAAAGCAACAACCCCAUUGUCCUUGGACCAGACAACUCCAACCUUCCUAAAAUCUUCCUCAUCAUCGCAGAUGGAGUUGCAAAUGAGUCGGUUAAGGGUGAAGAUGCUUGCAGCAAACGGCUUGCAAAUGUCAUACAUCAAGUACAGGUAUCAGCAGGAGGACUAUGGACACAGUGUGUAUCGACACUGAAUGAAACGCAGCAGAAAGCCAUACAGGACCUUCUGAAUAGUGCCUGAGCCUGAACCUUUGCCCUCCAUCCCAAUGCUUUGAGAAGUCCAUGAAGAAAAGUUGAUCUCCUAGAUCUCUUCCAUAGACUCCUCUUCUUCCUCCUGCUCUGGUCUGUAGUGUGUAUGGACACAGGCUUCACCAUUACCACCCCCUCCCUACCGUUUUAUGUAACUCCACCUGGGUGAACAGGUUGGAUAUUUAAGACAAGAGGACAUAGGCUAUCUACCUUUCACAAAGUGUACCCAAGGAAGUGGGAAUGAGUGUCUGUCAGUCUUCCCUCUCAUCAGUUACAUGUCUAUCUGAACAUUUUGUUUCCAACCAUUCCCUGAUGUGUGAUUUGCUUCAUUCUCCACAUCGGCCAACAAACUCAUUGGACAGUCGAGCUCUGAGGGGCUAUAGUAGAGGAACUGGGGACAGGACAUUCUAACGGACUGAGCAACUGAGGUGUAAAUGCACACUGGGCAAUCACUGCCUGCCUCCUGCGAAAUUUUUUUUUUUUUUUUCUCUCGUCGUUCCAUUGUCCCAGGGUUACCUAGGGGGAACGGCCUCUGUCUGCCAUAGCUUCAGAGGGUAUGUUUCAGAAGUUGCAGCAUGUUUGUUAGGUGGCUGAGAAAAUGUAGUUAAGAAAUUUGUCAUCGUCUGGGAAGAGUAGACAUUGAUUUAAGCAGCUUUGUGCCGUAGCCUUCCACACAGCUGUUUACAGGAAAUGAGUCUUUAGAUGAAGUGUUUGAGGAGUUCUGGCUCUUUUAGGCGGCAGUAUGUGUACGGGGCUCCCAGAAUCCUAUGGUUGCUCAUAGCUUCAAAGCCUGUGUUGAGCUGAAGAAAAAUUGUAGAGUAUUUGUAAAAUGUGUGCUAACAUUACCAUACUCUUAACAUUAUGAUUUUGACCCAGGUUUGUGAUGGAGUUCCAGAAAAUGCCAACAAUAAAGUUACAAUUGAUGAUUCUGA